AUGGACCCACGCUCGCAAAGCGCGCCGCAGGUUUAUCCUGAUAGUCGACCGUUUGUUUGUGUCGGCUUUCCUUCCUACUGCACCUCCGAUGAUGCCUUCCGACCUGACCCCGGAAGAGCCAAGAGCCUCGCCGUCCAGCCAACGCGCACGGCCAUCAUCGGAAGAUGCACAGUGCAUGCCGAAGCUGAUCGUCUUCAAAUCCUUACUCUUUGGAUGUGGAGUUGCAGGGCACGGUCGGGGUAUUGA